CAGGUGAGAGCCAUUCAUCAGUGUUGGCUGGAGCACCAUGUUGACCUUCCUGAUUCUCAUUAGUGUGGGCCUGGCCUCCGCUCACCAUUCUGGUGAACACUUUGUGGGGGAGAAGGUGUUCCGAGUAAAUAUCCAGGAUGAGAAGCAGGUCCACCUGAUGCAUGUUUUGGCCAACAAUGUGCAGGUUGAUUUCUGGAAACCAGAUUCAGUUUCCCAAAUCAGACCAGAAAGCACAACUGACUUCCGUGUUAAAGCUGAUCAAGUUGACGAAGUUGUACAUUUCCUGGAAGAGAAUGGACUAACUUAUGAGGUUUUAAUUUAUGACCUGAACAAAUUGGUUUCAACUCAGUUUGACAGCCUCAUUCGUGCCAGUGGACACAGUUAUGAAAAGUACAACAGCUGGGAAAAGAUCGAGGCUUGGACUGAAAAAGUUGCUGCAGAGAAUCCAGAACUUGUCUCUCGAAGUGUGAUUGGAACCACAUUUGAAGGACGUUCUAUGUACCUUCUCAAGAUUGGAAAAGCAGGACCAAAUAAGCCUGCCAUCUUUAUGGAUUGCGGUUUCCAUGCUAGAGAAUGGAUUUCCCCUGCAUUUUGCCAGUGGUUUGUGAGAGAGGCUGUUCGUACCUAUGGGACUGAGAUCCGAAUGACUGACAUUCUUGAUAGAUUGGACUUUUAUAUCCUACCUGUUUUCAACAUCGAUGGCUAUGUCUACACAUGGACCAAGAACCGAAUGUGGAGAAAGACCCGGUCCACUCAUGCAGGCUCAAGUUGUGUUGGUACUGACCCCAACAGAAACUUUGAUGCUGGAUGGUGUGAAAUUGGAGCUUCUGACAACCCUUGUUCAGAUACCUACUGUGGACCUACAGUUGAGUCUGAAAAAGAAACCCAAGCCCUAGUGAACUUCAUCCGCCAAAACCUUAAUUCUAUCAAAGCCUAUGUGACAGUUCACUCCUAUUCCCAGAUGAUGCUGUACCCUUACUCCAAAAGUUAUACCCUCAUAAAGAACCACGUUGAGAUGAACAACCUGGCCAAGGCAGCAAUCAAAGAACUGGCAACAUUGCACGGCACACAAUAUACCUAUGGUCCUGGAGCCUCGACCAUCUAUCCUGCAGCUGGAGGCUCUGAUGAUUGGGCCUAUGACCAGGGUAUUAAAUACGCUUUCACCUUUGAACUCCGGGACAAAGGAAGAUAUGGCUUCCUGCUCCCUGAAUCUCAAAUUAGACCAACUUGCGAAGAGACUAUGCUGGCCAUCAAGCAUAUUUCCAAUUAUGUCCUGGAGCAUCUUUACUAAUUUGAAAGGCUCUGAAGACCCAAGAAAACUUACUCUUAGAUGCAAAUUCUCAUUUCUUAUUUUUAACAUCUUGAAUAUUUUGGAAUCCUGACAGCAAUUUUAAGCCAUAGAAUUAGUUUAAUCAUGUCUUAAUAUCAAUUAAAAUUAAAAUUAUUCCCAAUUUAAAAACCAUCUACUUCUCUGGCAAUUUGAAUGGGCAAACAAGAAAAUGAAUAAAUCAUAUUUUUACUUUGUGUAUGUAUGGAGAGUUUAAAAGAUUUAGUGGUCUAAAAGUGGGGUUGUACAAAAGUCAUCUCCAAACUCUAAUAUACAAUUUGUUCUUUCCUCAUUCAACAAACAUUUAUUAAAUCCUGCUCCUGGGCAAUAAAUUGGGCUGGAUACUAUGAAGACCAAAAAAAAAAAAAAAGAUUACCCUUGUCAUCAA